AGCAGCUGAGAGCAGGGGCGGGUCACUGGGAGGAGGGAGGCCGGAACCGGGGAGGACAAAGGCAGAUCGAUACUGCGCAACCCCGCCCAGGCUCAGCACGGGACGCUGCUGCCUUCGUGUGAUCUGGGAGCCCGAGCUGAGCCACUGCUGCUUCCCCGGGUCCUCCUGUCCUUUCCCUGCUGCCUCCUGUGCCCAGCCUGCGGUGAGGGGGGAGUUUCUCCAGCGGGAACCAGCCCCGGGCUCUGCCGACCCCAGCCCCUGUGCCGGAGACUCCAGGUGAGAGAGGCCUCGGGGACAGCGCUGGGAGCGGCAGGAAGGCUGCAGAAUAACAUCCACGUUUUCCUCCAGAUCGUCUCAUCCUCCCAUGGAACACGGAAAAGAAAUGGCUGCUGACGAGCCAGUCCAGGGGCUGGUGACCUUCGAGGAGGUGGCUGUGUAUUUCACCAAGGAGGAGUGGGCUCUGCUGGACCCUGCUCAGAGAGCCCUCUACAGAGACGUCAUGCAGGAGAAUUAUGAGAACGUGACGUCGAUGGCAGGUGACUGGAUGGUGAGUGAGAAUCAGGAGCAGAAUCCUCAACAGGCAGAUGCUAAGCAAGUGGAACUGCACAGAGCAUUAUCACAAAGAUCUAAAGGAACUGUGUCCAGGAGUCGUCAGCAGGGAAAAGUUUGUGAGAGGCAGCACAGGUCAAAGAGGCAGCAGGGAAACCAGCGAUGGGAGAAACUGAGUAAAUCUACAAAUAGUCCAGGAACUCACAAGCACCUCAAGGAAACCAGAGCCCAGCAAAGAAUCCCCACAGGAGAGAAAAACAACACAUGCACUGAGUGUGGGAAAAGCUUCAGUAGCCCCUCAAAGCUUAUUAGGCAUGAGAGAAUCCACACAGGAGAAAGACCCUAUACCUGUUCUGAGUGUGGGAAAAGCUUCAAUGAUAUGUCCCCCCUUAUUAGACAUGAGAGGGUCCAUAUAGGAGAAAGACCUUAUGAAUGCUGUGAGUGUAGGAAAAGCUUCACUCAGAGUUCAGCACUUAUUAGACAUCAUAGAAUCCACACAGGAGAAAGACCAUAUGAAUGCUCAGAGUGUGGGAAAAAUUUCAAUGACAACUCACACCUUCUCAGACAUGAGAGAAUUCACUCGGGAAAAAGAGCCUAUAAAUGUUCAGUGUGUGGGAAAACCUUCACUUACCGCUCGGGCCUUAUUACACAUCAAAGGAAACAGACCCUAUGCAUGCUGGGAGUGUAGGAAAAUCUUCACUGAUUGACCAAGGCUUAUUUGUCUUCAGAGAUUCCACACAGGAGAGAAACCCUAUAAAUGCUCAGGGUGUGGGAAGAGCUUUUAUGUGUACUCACACCGUGUUGAGCAUCUGAGGAUCCACAAGAGUGAUAAACACCAUAAAAAACUUGCCUAGGGCUGACAAAAUAUGUUUUCUUUAAUACUUUGGUUAAUUCCUACAUAGUGAACUCUAAGGUUAUUUGCACCAUUUGGUUCGCCAUGGUCUGUCAGGUCCCCCAGACGAGUUACCUGCUUUUGCACACAUACAGUUGUUGAAGUUUUCAAAUACAUUUCUGCAUAAAGUAACCUGACCGCCACCAUUUUUCCUAGUUUAAAGAAACCUAGAGUAUCACUUAGUCACCGAGUUCCCUCUUUGGGGACAGAUUGUCUCAUUCCCAGUUGUUCUCAUGUUACCCUGGGUUGUGCAGAGCAGCAUUCCUUUUUUGUAUUGUUUUUCUCAUUUAAAAUAUAUUUAAAUAUAACCAAGAGUAGGGACAGGCAAAAGAAUGUUGUUUCAGCUUCUGUUAGACCGGAAGGUGAGUCGGAGGUGUGAGUUCUCUCCUUCCCCAACACCCGAGUAGUGUCAGCUUCUGUCUGAGCCAUGCAAUAUUUAUCUUCUCCACAUUCUAAUCCUCCACCUACCAAAGUGUCACAUGAUGCCGUAUGCUCAACUCUGUGAUUCAGAAUUGUGCUUUGAAAUCAGACUCAAUAGUGCUGCAGAUGAAUGUGUCACACAUCUGGAAGGGAAAUUUGAAUGGAUCCCAAACAGAAUGUGAUCAUUUUUAGUCUAAAUCCCAGUUUUGUGUGUGUGUAUGUGUGUUUUCUUUUCUUUUCUUUUUCUUUCUGUGUGAUGUCCCAGCUCUGUGCAGGUAGCUGACCCAGUAGACAUUGAUAGAACUAUGUAGAAAGAGCAGAGACUCGAUUCGGUGGUGAAGGCGCUCGGCCAGGUUUAUUGUUAAUGAAGCACGGUCCUAGCACCCCAUAGAUCCUACAGAUAUGCUAACACAUAUAUGCCCGUUACAAGAGACCAGCUCAGUCAACAGCAGGACUUUCUGCUGCCCCUGUGGCUGGACGAGGGUUAAGGCGAGAUAGCCCAACAUUUAUAAACUGAGACACAACUGGGAUAAACAACUUACAUACCAUCUUACAAGUUUCAUUACAUUGCUUUGUUACCUCCCCUUGUUUCUGAGAUCUUGGACAAAACAUCCCCAUUCAUUAUUUUGUCAAACCAUCUCUUCUUGUAUUUGAUUGGAUGUAUCUGUACUAGCUGGAAUAUAUUUACAUAAAUAUCAAGUAUGUUGUUAUGUUGCCAAGGCCAGGCCUCCUCUGGUUCACAGCUUUUGGUUGAGCCUCAGAUCUUGCACGAGGCCCAGUGUGUCCAGGCACAUGCUCGUGCUCUUUCUCUCUCUCUCUACUACCCCAGGUACUAGCUAGGCCACUUCGGGACUUUUUCCUGCUUGGUUGGAAUUGUUUGCAGAUGGGAAGGUUGGCUGCUUUUUCCCCAUUAUGAUUGUUAAUACUUUUGUAAAUUACACGACUUAAUAAUAAUGAGACAGUGCUCAGUGAAGUAGGUAUCAGAGGAGAAGACAAUGGAAGAAUCAUGUAACCUGCUCUGGAAUUUUACUUUAUAUGAAACUGGAAGUGUCUUACACCUCUCUGAGAUGUUUUUUCCCCCCUCUUUCCUGAAGGCCAUUUGGUCACAUAACUAGAUAGUAGUUUUGUUUGAUAAAUUGUAGCUCAGAUUUAUUGGGAAUUUUGAGACAAGCGACCAUUUGCUAAAAUAGUCAUUUCUUACUUUGUUUUUCUUUCUCCCCGUCCUUCCAUGGUGGCGUGAAGUGCAGGUCAGUGAAGAGAAUACUCCACUCUAUUGGACCUGCUACGCAGGACUCAUUAAUAUUUUUUAAUCUCCAAUCUGAGAUGAUGAACAACAGCAGAUUCCAGUAGUACAACUAACUGAAGUAACUGCAUAUGUUCACAGUGGUGUUCAAUUGUGUAGGUCAAUAUUGUCAGAUCCUCCAGGGACCGACUGAAUUACGCAGUAAGUGACUUGAAACUAGGCAAAAUGUCGGUCUUUGAUUUCCAAAACAGUUAUAAUUCAGGUCUCACAGCAGGUUACCCAUGAAGUUAAUCUCCUAAAUAAUCUUAUUAUUUAGAAAAGGAUAUCCCUAACUAUGCAGAUGUAAAUAGAAAUGGUGUGUUUGCUGAACUCAUUCUUUGUAUGUGCUGCAAAUGUGGAUAAAAUGACAUCUUUCUUGAAGCAGAAAAAUAACGAUUAUGAUAGAUUUCAGAGUAGCAGCCAUGUUAGUCUGUAUCCGCAAAAAGAACAGGAGUACUUGUGGCACCUUAGAGACUAACAAAUUUAUUUCAUGAGCUACAGAGAAAUUACGUCUCUGGUAGCUUAUAGAGAUUCUGAUCCAGGCCUGUACAUAGUUCCUAAUUUUUGACAUGUGGCAUCAUAUUAAAGAAAGAAAUUAGGUAUAUGUCUGGGGAAUCCAUUCUUCACUAGCACUACUGAAAUUGUGAGUGGUUUGAUAAGGAAUUCUAGUACAGAGAAGUGUAAAUUUAUCCUGCCCUAGGCCAAGAACUUGGCAAGAACGUAGAGAGAAAUAGCAGCUGUCUAGUUGUUUGUUUUCACCCAGGAGAAGGAAGCUGUGGUUUAAUAUGGCACAGAUAAAACUGUUUACAAUGUCACUGUGUAGUUGAGUGGCACUGAUUACAGCCCCAAAGGCUGCCAUGGUGAGAUUGGGAACAAUUGUCCUUUAUUAUUUGGAUCUAGUGUUUCAUGAGGCAAAGUGAGAAAGAGCUGAUGCCUUCAGAGGACAUUCCUUCCCCAUGGGUCCCAAUCUGGCUGUCUCCCAUGCUGUGCAAGUGGUGAUAGCCAAUGAGGGAAUGAAUGUGUCAGACUGCAGGAUACGUGAAUUUUGAGUCCUGAUUCUAUGUGUUGGUUUCUUAGGCUAUGUCUACAGUACAGAGUUUUGUUGUCAAAAGUUAUGCCUCUUUUUAAUUAAAGCACUUUAAUUAAACCAC